AUGCUCGUCUUUCGGAAGCUCAUUAUCGUUUCGUUGCUGGCGACGAUAGGACUGCUGUGCCCCCAAUCAAGAAGCCACCGGAUUAGCAGAAAUGGUUCCGAAAUGGCGUCAAAACACAGAUCGCCGUCAUCCGGAGAAGGUGAUAAUGGACUGCACACAUCCAAAGGGGUCGACGUUAGAACCAAGCGGGAAGCAUCGGAUGACGAGUCGAGUGUUUCCUUGUGGGAGUGGUUGACGGGACAGGACAAACCCACUCGAUGUGUGAUGGUAUCGGUGGGUGGCGUCAUCGGUGGUGGUGCACUGAUGGGCGCUUUCGUCGGAGCUGGCAUUGGAAGUGCGUUCACCGGACCCGGAACGAUCGUCGGUGCUUUCAUCGGUGGCGUGGUGGGAAUCUUCAGUGGUGUCAGUGUGGGCCAUCGAGCUGGUGCAGCCGCGUGCGACAGUCCUUGCGGUACCGGAUCGAACAACAUUCAGUGCUAUCCCUAUGACUAG